GAGAGAGGAGAGAGGAGAGAGGAAGAAAUGGGAAUGGCAAGUUGGGAGUUAUUGGAAGAAGAAAAGGUGAUGGGGGUAGGUCCAUCAUCCCCAGCUUUGACCCAACACUACUGGGCCCCACCCUUCUUUGGCAACUCUUCCUUCUUCUCCCAAUUUCUUCUUUUUCUUUCCUUAAAUCCCCUCUCCCCACUUCUUCCUCUCCCCUCUCCCCUCUCCCCCCCUCCCUCUCCGCCCAUGGCCGAUAUUCACAAACAAGACCUCGACGACCACCACCACUCUCCGCCCACCCAUCUCUCUAUCAAUAACUCCGACUCCUCUCCAAUGAACCUUCUUCCCCUUGCUCCCAAGCGGGAGCAUCCCGACAACGACCACGAAACUCAGGUCGUCAAGUUCACGGCAGAGAUACCUAAAACGGUCUCGUCUAUCCCCCCCAAGAGACCCUCCACCAAGGAUCGCCACACCAAGGUCGAGGGCCGAGGCCGGAGAAUCCGAAUUCCGGCUACCUGUGCGGCGCGUAUCUUCCAAUUGACUCGUGAGCUCGGCCACAAGUCCGACGGCGAAACCAUCCGCUGGCUUCUCGAACGGGCCGAGCCGGCGAUCAUCGCGGCUACUGGGACUGGUACCGUUCCCGCCAUCGCCAUGUCUGUUAAUGGCACUCUCAAAAUCCCCACCACCACUUCCUCUUCUAACCAAGAUUCCACCGAUCAAUCCGCCAGUAAGAAGCGGCGUAAGCGCCCCGCUAACAGUGACUAUGUUGACGUAAAUGACGCCGUUUCCGUUUCCGUCUCCGCCUCCGCCUCCGCCUCCGCCUCGAACGGCUGUGUUCAGGCCGCUACCGUUGCCGGUUCCCCCGCCGUCCAACAGCCUUUUCCACCGGGGUUUGUUCCAGUGUGGGCCAUCCCAUCGAACGCCAUAAUUCCCGGGGCGGUUUUCAUGGUUCCAUCCGUGGAUUGCUCUUCCACCCGUCCGCAGUUUUUCUCAUUCCCGACCCCGGCAGCGCCGCUCAUCAACACAACGGCCCGACCCAUUUCCACCGUCCCGUCGAAGCUGCACACAUCUCACAUUCAAGCAAACACCACCAAUCAAAGCUCGAGCACUUCAAACUCCUCCGCUUCCAAGUCUGAAUCCGUCAUGGCGCCGAUCUCGAGCUCCACCGUCACGACAAACGGCAAAACUACGAAACAGAUGCUCAGAGAAUUCUCAUUGGAGAUAUACGAUAAGGAAGAGCUUCAAUUCAUGUCUCGCUCGUCGGAAAGAAUGAAGACAGAAUAGACGGGAAGUUGUUUUCGAUUCAAUCUCUCUCUCUCUCUCUUUCUCACCCUGUGUAAUCUAUCCGCCAUCGACGAACCAGAAAAGAAAGCUUGAGACGAAGAACGAAUGGAAGAAGGAAAAAAGUAUCGUUUAUUUUUUGGAAGUGCAGCAGAAGGAAGGGGAAGCACGAGGCAGUCACGUGGUAGACGUGAGGAUCGAAAAGUAAAUGCACGUGUAAGGUGGGGGUGGGGUUUUUCUUUUUAUUUUUUUGGUGAAGGCGCAAAGGUGUGGGGACCACAUCAGCGAGAUGGGUCAACACUACGGAAAGACAAAAAUUUUCCUUUUUAAUAUAUUUAAAAAAAACAAAAAAUAAAAGAGAGUGGGGUCCAGGUCAGUGGUGGAAACGAGUUAUGCUGCUCCGUGGACCGUGCAAGCCUGGUGUGGGGACUACUUUUUAGCCUCCUUGUGUCUAUGUGAUGGAGGUUGGGGAGGGCCCGGGUCCACUUGAUGGGCCCAACGGCGGCCUUUUAGGCCUGGAGCAUGUGGUGGUCCCCUCUGCCCGGCCUACAACCGGGUUGUGGGUUCUGUGGUCCGAGCCAGGUGCAUGGCUGAAGGAUAAAUGAACACGUGUUACACUGUGGGUUAGCUGGAGACUAAGAGCGUUCCUUGUUGCCACGUGGAUCAAUCAGAAUGGUUUGGUAUGAGAUGCUUUUCUGGAAAACUUGGGGUUAUUUUGGUGAGAGAAAGAAAGAGUUUGUAAAUUCAUUGUUUAGCUGAAUUCUUGAUAAUCCAUUAAUGAUUAGUUUCUGCGUCUAUUAUAUAUU